GAAGCAAUAUUGUUUCCAACUCUUUCGGUAGCAGCGGUAGCUUGUGGUUGAUUCGCAACAGACAUGGCGAGAGGCGUCCCUUGCGCGCUACUUGUAUGUGUAGUCACCCUUAGCUCGGCCAUACUCGCAGAUGAUAAAGGUACAUGUAGUUCGGGUGCAGACAAGCCAAUAUAUUCGGGAGACUUUAGGAAUUGUCCUGCAAGGAAGGGCCUGAUUAGAUUCGAAGCGCUUCCGGGCGGAGGCUGGGACAAUCUUCGUAAUGUUGACAUGGGGCAAGUCGCCUUGAUGAACUACAGCAGGUGCCUGAUGACAGAAGAUGAUGUCUAUUUGAUCCCGGAUUCCACGUACGUCUUGCCUCUGAAGAAAAGCAAAGUCGAGACGUUUGGUGAAUUGAUCGAACAUUGGAGUAACUAUACUAGCAUUACGUCAUCAUCGAUCAACGCGGAUGCAUCGUUCUACUCUGUGGUGAGCGGGUCUUUCUCGGAAGAACACCAGAGCAUUAAAAAGCACCAGGUCAACGACAAAUCCAUCACUACGAGAGUUAUGCUGCGAUACCACAUGUACACGAUUCGCAUGAACCCAGACGUACAACUGCAUCCGAAUUUCAAGGCGAGGAUGAUGGACAUAGCCGCUUACGUUGCGAACAACAACACCAAGAUGGCGGACUAUCUUCUACAGCUUAUCGUCAGAGACUUCGGAACCCAUGUUGUAACAGCAAUUGACGCCGGGGCAACUCUUGCACAAGUCGAUCAAGUCAAGAGCACCUUUUCCUCCAAUUACGAGAACCAGAAAAGCGAGAUCAAGGCAUCUGCUAGUGCGAACUUUUUUGGAAAGAUUGGUUUUAGUGCAGGUUUCAGUCAUUCGUCAAGUGAGACGUUCUCAAAGGAAUAUUUAAACAAUCGGACAUACUCUCAGAUACUGACCUAUGGGGGUCCACCUUUCCGGGUGAACUUCACCAUCAACAACUGGGAGGAUGGACUUAAUAAUGGCUUGGUUGCAAUCGACCGCUCAGGUGACCCACUACACUUCAUCAUCACGCCACAGAAUAUGCCGGAGGUGCCACUCCCGACACUGAUCAAGGUGACAGCAGGCUUGGAGAAGAUAAUAAAUCGAUACUACAAGUUCAACACGAUUCAUGGAUGUACUAGCAUUGAUAGUAAGAACUUUAACUUCCAGGCAAACUUGGACGACGGUUCAUGCAAAGCGCCGAGUACUAACUUUACAUUUGGCGGCGUGUAUCAAACAUGCGACAUGGACCCGGAAUCGAGUGCGGGAUAUAUCUGUGGAGAUUUACUGCAAAAGAACCCACUGACUGAUGAUUACCGUUGUCCGAACAACUACGAAGCGAUCUUGCUGAACGAGGGAACAGUGUCAAAAUAUGAAACACAUAAAAAAUGCGACGUGUGGCUUAUUUGGUUCUGCUGGCCGUGGUGGUGGAAGUACCAUCGAAGUGUCGCCACAUAUAAGGCUUAUUGGUGCGCAGCGACAGGCGAAGUCCAACAGGACUCCGGGUUUCUCUUCGGUGGGGUUUUCACAGCGACUAGUUCGAACCCGCUGACCAAAAGCCAAGGCUGCCCAGUGUACUACUACCCCCUUCGACUGGGAGAGCACAUGAAAGUCUGCGUGAGUGACGACUACGAACUCGGCUACAGAUACUCCGUGCCGUUCGCUGGUUUCUUUAGCUGUAAGUCGGGGAAUCCACUGGUCUUUAACGCACGUCUAAAGAGCGAACCGCAGGGCAAUGGCGAGCUGUCACUUAGCAGGUUCGUUCACGCAAGUGGAUCCCAUGCCUGGCCCCGUCGCUGCCCCUCUGGAUACAGCCAGCACCUAGCAACAGUGGACGAAAACUGCGAGAUCGACUAUUGCGUCAAAGCGAACGCACUAGUAGACCAGGGCCUUCCCCAUAUCCGGAGACCACCGUUCAAUCCACUACCCGGGUUAGAACCGAACCAGACUGAGGUGCUCUUCUUGAUUGGUCAAUCGAGGCGGGUUUGGAUAAAGAAUGACACGACCCAACUCUGGGUCAGGUCAACGACCGCUGAACUCAAAAAGCAGUUCAUGUUCGAGCGGCGAGAAAGUUUUAUGGACGCGAUUGACGAGACUACCAAUGGAGGCCAAGUCGCUGGGAUCACGAUAGGGGUCACUGCUUUCGUAGGACUUGUAGUGGUGAUAGCGAUUGUCGUUUGGCGGCGCCACGGUAGGCAUGUGUCUGUCUACCGUAAAAAAGAUGGUGGUCUUGAGUCGGGAAGCAGCAAUGUUCCUUACGGCACAUUUGAAGAUGAUCCGAGCACAUCUUUGAACGCAGAUGGUGUGCAAACUGCUCAGGUUUAGUUAAAUACAAGUCCAAUGGGAACAUGCAUGUGGUCUGGUGACUCAGGCAGAUCUUUGCAGUGCCAGCAGAGCUGCUGGCAAAGUCUCUCACUUCAAGACCAAUGGUAGAUUACGUAAGACAAUGUUUCCCCAAGCUUUUAAGGUACGCGAGAAUAGUAAUGUUUACUCACCGAUAUUUUGCCAUCUCGACCAGCCAGGUUAUUGAAUUUUAUCAAAAUAUACUGCUAUGACCGGUGAACUGCAUAACAGACACUGGUGUUUAGGAUGUUUAACUGAACUUCCUUUAAUGUGUCAGUUCUUUUUUAUUUUGGUGUAUUAACCACAGUUACCCUGGCAAAGUGCUAAGUCACGCCACAAAACAAAUACCAAUUUCAUAAAAGUUUACGAAACAACAAGACUUGUUUCGCUGGUUUAAUAUGAACAGCCGUUUAAAAUUUCGUAGGCUUCAAUUUGAAAUAACUACAAUCAAUGAAUUGAUAACAAGAGACACUGGACAGUGAAGAUCAGAAGUUAUAAACUCGGCACUGAUAAUGAAUGUGAGUCCCAGUGACCCAGGACAGUGACUUGCUUCUCUACAACCAACGUACAAUCUUCACUUUUCUUUCAAAUUCAAGCCGUUGGGCGGCAGUAAAUUGAUAAACAUUGAUUAAGUAGUUCAAGAAUGUGUUCUUAGUCAUGACGAGAUACAUAAUUGCAGUAAAAGUUUAUAGCCCAUGUAAAUAUCAAAUUGCUUGAAUAUUCACGAGUGUGAUCAUCAUGGUCAUAAUUAUAGAUCUUUAGAUGAACAGGAGGACCGUACUAAAUUCCUCCUUCUGAGAACAGUAUCGCAACUGAAAUACUGGUAAACUGCUGUGAAUUCGGCAACGGGUCCUCACAGUGCCGUAGGAUGGCAGCACUCAAUGUCAUGUAUGACUGGUCAUCGGAUCGGCUCGGGGGCGGCUUUAUAGUGAAUCCCCCCUUUCCGCAGCAGUCCUGUGAGGUCGGCGCACCCUUCGAGAUGCAGAGAGAGGUCUCGCCAAAUUGGCUAUCAACACGUGCGUUUGGACGGCUCGGGACGAGGUCACAGUACUACAGCUACUUUAAAAAUGUGUGCACAUUCAGCUUUAAAAAUAUAUAAACAUUCAAGUAAAUCCUAAGUUAAAGUCAAUUAUCAGUUAGGCCUUGCACUUUAUGUACAGAAUUCAAUAUAUUCGAGAAUAAAGAAUAGUUUCCUACUCACUGCGGGUUAAAGAGAAAACGUGUACAAUCUGUUCUUAUCACUGACCGUGUUGAGGAUUGCUAGUACAUGUAGUCUAGUAUAGUAGUGGGUUAACGUAUGCUGUCGCCAUCUGGUGUUCUUUGUUCUUACUAAUCAUCAAGUGCUCUUCUGUGA